AUGUCUGAACAGCGAAAAAAAAAAAUUGUUAAGGUAAUAGUAAUGGGUGAUUUAGGUAGAAGUCCGCGUAUGCAAUAUCAUGCUUUAUCUUUAAGUAAUAAUGGCUUUAAAGUUAAUGUAAUAAGUUAUAUGGAUUCUGUGCCUCUGACAGAAGUACUCGAAAACCCAAAUAUUACCAUUACUAAGCUUUACAGUUGUAAUUUCGACAAGGGUCCAAAAAUCUUCCAGUUUAUUAUGAAAACACUCUGGCAGGCCAUAAGUUUGUUUCUAACACUUCUAAUAACAGGACAUUGUGAUUACUUAUUAUGUCAAAACCCACCAGCAGUACCCACAUUGCCAGUAUGUCGUUUUUACUGUCUUGUGACUAGAACAAAAUUUAUAAUUGACUGGCACAACUAUGGUCAUACAAUAUUGGCACUGUCAAUAUCUCCAGGCCUAAAAAUAUUAUUAAAGAUAUAUACAUUUAUAGAGCGAUACUUUGGCCAGUCGGCUCAUAACAAUCUAUGUGUUACAUAUGCUAUGAAGGAAGACUUGUCUGAAAAUUGGAACAUAAAUGCUACUGUUCUAUAUGAUCGGCCACCACAUAUAUUUCAUCCAAUAACAUUACAAGAGAAACAUGAUUGGUUCCUUAAGCUUAGUCAAAAAUAUCCAGAAUUUUCAUACAAUAGUGAAGCAGAAAAUAUAGAAAAUCAAAUGAAAACAGCUUUCACUUUAAUUGAUGGCAAUGAAUUGAAGUUGCGACUAGACAGACCAGGAUUACUUUUUAGCAGUACUAGUUGGACCCCUGAUGAAGAUUUUAGUGUUCUAAUGGAAGCAUUGCAAGUAUAUGAAACGGCAUAUGAUUUAACUAAGAAGUUACCUAAACUAAUAUGUGUGAUAACUGGCAAAGGCCCCAUGAAGAAGCACUAUAUAGAUCUCAUAACAUCUAAAAAUUGGCAACAUGUUAAAGUCUUAACCCCAUGGUUGGAUGCAUGCGAUUAUCCCACUAUGGUGGCUAGUGCAGACCUGGGGGUGUGUCUUCAUACCAGUUCCUCUGGCUUAGAUUUACCUAUGAAGGUUGUUGAUAUGUUUGGGGCUGGUUUACCUGUAUGUGCAUUCUCCUUUAGAUGCCUUGAAGAACUUGUUCAAGAAGGUGUAAAUGGUUAUGUAUUUAAGACAAGUGAUGAGCUGUCCAAACUUAUAGUUGGGUGGUUUGAAGGUUUCCCCAACAAUAAUGAGAAGAAUAAGAUAGCAGAAAGAAUGAGAAGAGAAUUAUCAAAAUUCCAAGAGUCAAGAUGGGAAGGAAACUGGAAUUUAAGAGCAAAAAAAUUUUUUGAAUUAUAG